AUGUCUUCCAUCUUUUGCUGCACUUCUCUAUCUCCUUACCGACCGGCCGUUUUAAUGCACGAAGCCAAGUUUCAACCAUUUAUCGCUUGGGCCAAACGAUCUGAAUCAUCCUCCGCUGUCAACUCGACCUCCUUCUUCCAGGAUGCUGAUCAUCUUGCCCCUUAUGCUGUCCAACUUGUACAGCAGGUCAAUUAUGGUGCUAUUGAGGCCAAAAGAUACUUCAUCCCUUCCAGUAAUGCAAUUGGGGGUCAGGGAGAGUUCGUAGAGGUUACCGAGCAAGAUUUGAUCACUUGGAAUUUCCAGAAGCUCAAUUCGUAUGUGCAUAUGAAUUCUAUUUUCCUUGAAAAUAAGCAAUCUGAUCAAAUCGAUUAUAGGUACAAGAACUUCAAGUGUGAGACGCAUAACAAAUUCUUCGAGCUCAAUCUUUACCAGAAAGACCCCGUCAAUAAGCACCAUUGGCGGCUGAAUAUUGCUCGACCGGGUAGUGAAAUUGAUCUUUAG